AUGCCGUCUCGAUCUAUCAACAUCAUCAACGUACCCUCUGAUGUUGGAUCGGUCUAUGCGGGCAAGUCCCGAGCCCCAGCAGCAUUCCAGGCCGCCGGCCUCCAGGACAAGCUUGCUGCUUCGGGCUGGCAAACCACAGUGUCAACCGCCUUACCACAAGGGCCAGCGGGGUGGGCUUCCAGCACCCGUCAGCCUAACGGAGCGCGGAAUGAAGCAAUAACUGUGAAGGCUUGUAAGAAGGUCCGAGACGCUGUUGGCAAUGCUCUUGCGGCCAGCGAAGGUGGAAGGGACCGACCGCCGCCAUUUCAGCUUAUCCUUUCCGGCGAAUGUCUGUACUGCCCAGCUAUCCUGUCGGCCUACUGGGAAUAUCUCAAAGGAACGAGGGACCGCAUUGGGAUCGUCUAUAUGGACGCUGAUUGCGACCUGUAUACGCCAAGCGAUGCCAGCUCAUCGGGGAACAUCGCCGGAAUGACCCUUACACAUCUGACCCUGUGUGAAGGUGCGUUAAAAAGUAUGAGAGUAUUUUGUCAACCCGAUGGGGCCGGGGUUGUGGACAAUAGCAACAUCCUUCUCUUUGGCUUGAACAUCGAUUCACCCGCCAACAAGCGAGAGCACUUAGGUUAUCUGUUCAAUCAUGGCUUCCGAGUCACCACCUCUCGGGCAGUCCAGAGAAAUCCAGUAAAGGAAGCAAAGGCCGCACUGGAGUGGAUGGAAGACAAAGUCGACCACAUCCUCGUUCACCUAGAUGUGGACGUGAUUGACCCAGGACUGUAUCCCUUGGGUAAUGUACCAAACUGGACGGGUUUGAGUUUCGAGGCCACCAUGGCGGCAUUUAAAACAUUCCUGAGAAGUGACAAAGUUGUUGGGCUCAGUAUUGCUGAGGUAAAUCCUGAUCACGAUCCUGGGCUGCGGCUGACGAGGGAGCUCGUCGACAAUAUCGUUGAUGGUCUCGUGGGAUGA